AUGUCAAAACUAAUCGAAGAAGAUGUAUAUUUCUUUGCCCAACGUGCUCAGAUGUAUUAUAAGAAGAGAUCACAAACACAGGAAUUCGUCAGUGGAAGAUUGGAGGAUCCCCUUUCUCCACUCAAGCAUCAUCCACUAGAGAAGUUGAUGAGUUCUGUUAAUGACAAUUAUGAUAGUUAUUAUGAGAGUUGUGAUGUGGGGGAGUCUGGGGAAUUUGAAAUUGAUGAUCCUGAGCAAAAAGAGGACGAGGGUUCUAAAUUUGAUAAUUGUGUAGAACCGGAGGAAAUUCAAUUUGUGGUUGCAAACGAUGUGAUGGAAAUUGAGAGACUUGGUGAAGAAAACAAGGAUAAUAAGGGGUCAGAACAAGCAUAA